GUCGGACAACGAACUCAAUUAAUUUCUUCUACUCAAAUAUAUAAAUAUAUACUGUAUACACAUACACAUACACAUACACAUACACAUACACAUACACAUACACAUGUACUAUCUUUCCCCAAUCCCAAUCCCAAUCCCAAUCCGUUUGAUAAAUAAUCGAAUCCCUCUAAUUCCCAGCUUCAGAACCCAAGCUUGCUCUGCAAAUUUUCUAAGUCUCGUUGGGGACAACGAUAUUGAUUUGAAUCAUCCACCAGCAUUUUUGAAUCCUUCUUAUGCCUUAAAUGCAUGGGGCCAGUUAGGAGGAAGAUGAUAUACUAAAACUUCAAUCCUAUCCUGGUAGACAUGACAUACGCCUUGAGAAAUGCAGGAUCAUCCAAGGAUGCCACCGUCGGAGCAAGGGUUGAAUCCAAAGUCACGAAAAAAGAAAAGCUCGACAAACAAAUCAGCAUUGCUUCCGAUAGAACGGAAUGAUUUCAAAGAAUCUGUACCAUCAAAAACAGGGCAAAAGGCAUCGAAAAGGAACUCGAAGAAAGAAAUGUCUCCAAUAUUUCAACAACCAGAGAGAUCGAAUUCGGAUUCAUUACCGGAGUCUUCGACAUCGGGAAACGAAUACCGAGCACUGAGGAGAAAGUAUUUGCUGCUAGAGGAAGAAAGCUUUGCAAUGGGUAAAGAAAUUAAAGAAGUGGAAGAUGAAGUGAAGGCACUUGAAGAUGAGAAGCUUGCCCUGCUGGAUCAGCUUGUUGUAUUAGAGGGUCUGAUUGAUCCAUCAGAGAUGCAACCUCAGGGAGUUUAACUGGAAUAACUAACUUUUCUGUUCUUGUUUUUUUUUUUUUUUGGGGGGUGUGUGGUUGUAAUUAUUGUUCCAAAUUACAUGCUUUGUAUAUUGCUUUGGGAUACAAUCCUUUAAGAUGGAGUGUUGAUGUUUGAUCUGCUGCCCUUGGUCUUACUUUCAAGUGCAUUUAAUUGAUGUCAAAAA